AGACCACGUACAGGAAAGGCGCCAAGUGUAAACUGAACUACGACGUGUUGUGUACAGCCUCCUCUUCCUCCGUGCUCCUCAAACCAAAACAAGACGCUGCACUGUAUGCGGAUAAAGCAUGGUGCACAAAACAAUCAAAGGGGCUAUAAAGGAAGCCCUGCAGGAUCUGAGUAAAAAACUAUUUCUUGAGUUUCGUCACCAGCUGAGAGACCGCAGAGAGCAGCCACGCGUGUGUCUCUCCGACGUGGAAGAUAAAAGCGUGUUGGAGAUCACAGACCUCCUGGUUUCGACCUUCACCGAGCCCAAAGCUUCUGAAGUGACUGUGGAUCUGCUGCGGCAGAUUAAUUGCAACAAUGAAGCAGACACGCUGUAUUCAAAAACCAAAGCCUGCAUGGACAAAGGUGACCCUACCUUUCGUAAGACCUUGACAGGGGGGUUGGAGACGAAACCCUCACAGGAAGCCAAGAAUUAUGCAGCCAGCCGGCUGCCUUUACAGGCAGCUGUACGUAGAGAUCCUAUGAAGAAGCCAGAGGAGGUGGAGGCUGACGCAAAGGCCCGUGUUGUCUCUGAGGGCGGGGACCCUGAUAAUGAAAGGCUCGUUCUGAGCAGGUGUAUGAUUCAGUUUGGCCAAUACAAAGGUCAAACCAACAAAUGGCUGCUGGAGAAUGAUUUGGACUACACUGCUUUCAUAUUGGCUCAACAUGAGAAGCAGCGACAGACAACAAGGGAUCAGAGCCCGCUGAUGGCCAACAAGGAUUGCCUGACCCGAUAUGCAAUGGCUUACCGCGAGGUUGAGCAAGAAGUCAGAUUUCAGCGUGCCUACAACAGAUCUUGCGAGUCAGGCCCAAAGGGAAACGCCCUUGUUGGGUUUGGGCGUUUCAAAUCAGAGAGACUGAAGGAUCUGUACAAGUCGGAAGACAAGGACAAAAUCGGAUAUGUCGACUACCUUCGGGGCAAGAGGUCAACCUGCGACCCGGGGUCCAAAAUGGACAUCGCUAUCAAAUACAUUUUGAAGCGGGACCAAAACGUACGGACCAGAAGAAAUCGGACCCAAAGCACCAGAUAUUAGAAGCCUAAAAGGAGGAAGACUUCAUACUAACGCUGUCCUGUUGGUCCCUCUCUUUGGAAGUCAGUGGUUUAUCCUCCUGCAGCAUGCACCCUUCAGAUAAUAACAUUAAUAAUAACAUUGUUUUAAACCAUUAAUUCUGCUACACAGAUUUUAACAUUUCUUGAACCACAUUGAUUGCAUGAUGAAAGGCUCCAGCUCUUCUUCAUGUUGUAUAAAAGCCAUAAAAUGUAGCCAUAGUAUUUGCACUAAAAGUUGCAGCUAUUACAUGCAGUGAAAUACCCGUUUUAUCUGUCAUAAAGGCCCAGUAUCAAUCCUUUUGAUUUCAAAAGAAAGAAUUUGAAAGACGCAAGGGCAUUUUAAUGUGUUAAUUUUAUUUGACAAAAAAUUAAAUGAACGUUGUUUAUAAACUGGA